UCGCUUCCUCCCAUCAGCAGAGACUCCGAGGAGGGCAUGAGCCAAAGGACACCAGCUUUGAGCUGUUUGUCUCGUGUGUGUGCUGUGCUGCCUGCCUCUAAGGCCCCUCUAGAAGAUAACACAACUUUACUGCCACGUGAGCUGCCUUCCAGCCCCUGUGCCAGCAGCCACCUCUGCUCACCCCACGGCACCUUGGAGGCACCCACUUCACAAAACAGAGGAAGAAAUGAGGGGCCUUUUAAAACCAUCUAAUGAUUUUAAUGUGUUAAUUUUCCUAAAGCAAAUGACCCAGCCACACUAAAGUUCCCUCAAACAGAACAGUUCAGCUGGCAUUUGUAAAUCUGAUGGGGCCUGGUUUGUCUCUCGGGUUACUCAGGGAGAUAGAGAACUCCUAUUGUGCAGGAAAUAGCUGGCCUAAAACAGAAACAGAGUUCUCUAAAGAGGAUGCUUCUGGGACAGCAAAUGCAGCGAGUUUCUCUGCACAAGCAGGUGGGGACUUUUUUCCCUCCAAUUUCUACAGUCUGUCUGAAACAAAGAUGACACUGUAGAAAUGGGGUUAGAAACGGUGCCUCCACGGCAGCGGGCCUGGCACUGGGUACAGCUACAGCGUGACAACCUGUUCUUUAGUCUGUGUGUCCUCCAUUUAUGAGAUGUCCCAGGAAGCUUUGAAUCAGCCAGGGAGGCUGUCCAGCCCCGUGGCCAGUGAUCCUGGGGGCCAAGAGGAUUUGCCUCCCCGAUGUGUCAGCCCUUACCCCCUGGCACACGGUUCCUCCUGUGUGGCCAGCAGGGCAUUGCUGCUGCUGCAGCCACUGCUUGCUUCCCUCUUUGUCCCUCCUGAGGUUGUGUGCCGCAGGCAUUCAGAGCUGGUGGUGAUAUUUCCAGCAGAAAAAGCUUCCUCCCGUUGCAGUGGCACAGCCAGGAUUUCUGUCAGUGCUGCCCUGGCCAGGUGAGGUCUGUGUUAAGAUCAGGGGGCUGGCUCCAUGGCAGCGCUGCACAGAGCGGCUGGUGGCUGCCUCUUGGGCUCCUGCUGCUGAACUGGUGAGUGCACCCUCUCAAAACCAGCCAAGUGUUGGCAAAAUGUGCUUAUUUUUCUUCCAUAUAAAGAAUAGUUUCUCCCUCCUGAGCAGGACUAGUGACAAUUGUUAAAAUGGAAAAGCAGAUCCACACCGGUGUCCCACAAUGGUCCCCUCCAGAGCAGCCGUGGGAUGGGUGGCAGCCCCAGGGUUAGUUUGGUAGAACGGUUCUGGGAUGCAGAUUUUAUUGCCUAAACCAGGAGAUGAAGAGCUGAAACGCUGAAAGCUAAAGGCUUGUGGGAGGGUCCCUCCCUCAGCCUGUCGUUCCUUCUCCCCCAAGUUUAUUUCACACCAAGUAACUGUGCUUCAAAGGAAGCCGUGUGAAUAAACACCCUGCAGUUAAUUUCUUGCCUUCAAUUGCUCGCUCAUUUGUGGAUGACAUGUAACAUAGUCUGAGUUAUUCAAAUCACAACAUAAGCACCCUUGGCACAGCAGACACUGCUUCUGAGGCUUUUAAUUGUGGUGUUUAUAUUUUGCAAUGUGUUGGUUCCUGUCUCCUUUAGCUAAUAUUGAAUGAUCUAAUCUGUGUCUCGUAAACGAAUCUAUUUUAGCUCCACUAGAAUAACCCCGUAAUUGAAGGCAUACAGGCAGCCUGUGAUGGAAGAAGCAAUGCUAAACAGUAAAUACAGCUAAUGGAACAAUUUACGAAAAAAACUAUGGAUGUUUAUAGGAGAGAGAUCAUGUACUAUCAGCAGGCCAUCAUGAAGUCCAGAGUGAAAUCUUCUGUCUCUCUUGGAGGGCUUGUGAAAUACUCGGAGCAGUUCCUCUCCAACGAUCCCAUCCUGUCUGGCUGUCUCCCCAGCAACCCCUGGGUAACAGACGACACCGAGUUCUGGGAUCUCAAUGCAAAGCUAGUGGAAAUCCCCACCAGAAUGCGCGUGGAGCGAUGGGCCUUCAAUUUCAGUGAGCUGAUCCGGGACCCCAAAGGGCGGCAGAACUUCCAGCUCUUCCUGAAGAAGGAGUUCAGCGGAGAGAAUCUGAGUUUCUGGGAGGCCUGUGAGGAUCUCAAGUAUGGAGACCAAUCCAAGGUCAAAGAAAAAGCAGAAGAAAUUUACAAGCUCUUCCUGGCUCCGGGAGCAAGGCGCUGGAUUAACAUUGAUGGCACAACAAUGGGCAUCACAGUGAAAGGCCUCAAGCACCCUCAUCGCUAUGUGUUAGAUGCUGCUCAGACCCACAUUUACAUGCUGAUGAAAAAGGACUCCUAUGGCCGCUAUUUAAAGUCUCCAAUAUACAAGGAAAUGCUGGCCAAGGCUGUUGUGCCACAAGAGACUGUCAAAAAAAGCUCCACCUUCCCGUUUGGACGCCGUCACCUCCGUUCCAGCCCCAGCCCUGUCAUCCUGAGGCAGCAGGAGGAAGAGGCCAAAGCCAAAGAAGCCGCCACCACCGUGGACAUCACGCAGCGGUGCCACCUCGCCUCCCUGGCCCCUCACCCGGCUGUCUACGCCGGCACCCCGCCAUGGCCGCCCGCCUGCCUGCCCCUCAGCCCCAGCAGCCUGGCUCCUGCCUCCCCCGGCCCCCCGGCCCUGCCCCACGGCACCGCCUGCCCCUCGCCCAUCAGCGUGGCCCUAGACAGCACGGCGGGCGCUGAGAGGGACCCUGAGGGGACCGGCCCCUUCCCCUCCGGCAGCAGGAAGUCCCGUGCGGCCGCCCUGUCCUUCGGCCGGUUCCUGACGAGGGGCUGCUGGUCCUCGCCCGUCCUGGCCACACUCUCGCCCAAGUGCCCGGCCAUGCCCCACGGGAAGGUGCAGCCACUGGGCGAGCGGGAGCGGCAGCUCCAGCCGGACACCAAGGCAGUGAGCAGCUUCUUCCAAAUAAAAAUGGAUGCUCCUUUGGAGAGCCGAAUCCACCCCAUAGACUCUGUGGAGGGAGAGGACAACCACCACAGAGCUCGUAAGGACUCUGCCAAGGAGGUGAUCUGCCCUUGGGAGAACCCCACGGAAGAGGGAAGAGCUGGGUAGCGAGCAGCCCAGACAUGGACCAUCCCUUUCCAGGCCUGGGAGCACGAGGUUUGCCGUGUGUGGUUCAGUACCCAGGCCAUGCUGUUGAAGAAGUGCAUCUGAGCCGUCCUUCAGCAUCGAGGAAGCUCAGACCAACACAGCUAUGAAUAACGGACCCGUCUGUUUGAAAUUCAAGAAUCUGAAGAAUUUCUGGACUGGUUUUCUUUCCUAUCUUUGGUCUAUUCAGAUCUGCUCAUUACAAACUUCUUGAUAAAUGAACCUCGUUUCUUGCCUUAUAGCAGAUGGGGAAUUUAUGUGUAUAUUUAUAUCCUGGGAAAUGGUGUCUUAUCUGAAUUACUUGCUUGGCCAUGAGGUGUCAGCAGGCUGUACACAGCACAGCUGGAGCAGAGCUGGCAGGCGUUUUUCAGAGUAGGGCUCAGAUUUCAAUGCCAAGAUUGGGGCAUGUUUAUGUCCCCAGCUUGGGUCCACCUCUUAUUAUUAAUCAUGUUUUAAUUUUAAAGCAAGUUCAUUAAGAGACAGCUGAUCGCUGGGGAAAAUAAAGCGAGCCCCUCAUGAGAAGCUGCGUACUGUGUGGCAUAGCAUCAUUCCUGAGUCCAAACCAAAACUGAUCCCGAAGAGCAGGCAGUGCAGGAGGAGAGCAAAGGCUCCAGGGCACUGCUGCAUUCGCUCCGUCUCCCUUUUGGGGCCUCUCAGUGCUGGGAUGGGCCUUGAAACCAUGACCUGAACUGCACCCCAGCAACACCUGGGAAGAUCCAAAAUAAACCUGUGUUUUGGGCCUCUCCAAACCGAGAUCGAUGCAUUGCCACAGUCUUUAACUCUGUUGUGAUUCAAGAGUGUUAAACAUUGCUCUCCUUAUGUUGUGUCAGUGUUUGAAGGUAUUUUUUUGUUCAAGUGCGGAGGGCAUUCCUAGAUGUGUGUGGGGUGGGUCGUUGUUCUGUAAUUUGGCCGUGUAGCCUGUGACUUCUGAUGUCACUGUUCUGUAUUUCCAAUUGUAAAUGGAGCUUUGCCUGUG